GUACUAAAUCUAAUUGAAUUAACGGGCUAAGGCGUAAGACUUUUUCCGUAACAAUAGUGAAAAUAAAUAAAUAAUUGAUGAGAUGAAGAUAAUCUAUUUCUGUGCUAUAUUGGUUUAUAUCAUAAAUAAUGUGGAAUCCAACAACUUUGAAACGACGUUGGGACACAUUAAACCAAAAGCUAGUGCGGCAGUUCAAACUCAAGCAGUUAAGGACUUAAUUUUAAGGAUACUUGAUACUAAAGCUGACAAAUUUUCUGUAAAUGUGGAUCCAACAUUUAAACAAAAUAACAAAGAAACGUUUAAGGUGUCGAAGGAAAACGGAGUAAUUAACAUCGUCGGAACUACUGGAGUUGCAGUCGCGACAGGAUUCCACCAUUACUUAAAGUAUUUUUGUAACGCUCACAUUUCCUGGGAGGCCUCACAGCUGAAUCUACCGGAAGAAUUACCCGACGUUAAUGUUACCAUUACGUUGAAUGACAGGUUUAGAUAUUACCAAAACACCUGCACCACCAGCUACAGUUUCGUGUGGUGGAAUUGGCAGCAAUGGGAAAAACAUAUAGAUUGGAUGGCACUGAAUUCUUUCAAUCUAGUUUUAGCCUUUAAUGGACAAGAGGCUAUUUGGGAACGAGUAUACAAGAAAUUAAAUUUCACCCAACAGGAUAUUGAUGAACAUUUUACAGGACCAGCGUUUUUGUCUUGGUUACGCAUGGGGAAUAUGAGAGGAUGGGGUGGACCACUUUCUGUGUCAUGGCACGAAAGGUCAAUCUUGCUGCAGAAGAAAAUAUUGGAACGAAUGAGAAGUUUGGGAAUCAUUCCAGUAUUGCCUGCUUUUGCUGGACAUUUACCAAGAGCAAUUACGAGAAUUUACCCCAAUGUGAAUGUCACUAAAAUGGAUACAUGGAACACUUUCAAUGACUCCUACUGCUGUCCAUAUUUUCUCGAUCCUACUGAAGAACUUUUUAAAGUAAUAGGAAAGCUUUUUAUACAGGAACAAACAAAAGAAUUUGGUACUGAUCACAUCUAUAACUGUGACAGUUUCAACGAAAAUGAUCCUUCAACAACCGAUACAACCUACAUAACAAAUGUCGGCAAAAGUAUUUAUGCUGCUAUGACAGAUGCAGAUCCUGAUGCUAUUUGGAUGAUGCAGGGUUGGCUAUUCGUCCAUUCAUUCUUCUUUUGGACUCGACCAAGAGCAAAAGCGCUCUUGACUUCAGUUCCAAAAGGCAAAAUGAUUAUUUUAGAUCUUCAAUCAGAGGAAUUUCCUCAGUAUGAUGCGUUGGAUCAAUAUUUCGGCCAACCUUAUAUUUGGUGCAUGUUGCACGAUUUUGGAGGAACUUUGGGCAUGUUUGGAUCAGCUAACAUUAUAAACGAGAGAGUUAUCCAAGCAAGAAACAGCAUUAACAGCACGAUGAUAGGAACUGGGCUAACCCCGGAAGGUAUUAACCAAAAUUACGUUGUAUAUGACUUAAUGAGUGAACAAGCUUGGAGAAAAGAAUCAGCAAAUUUAUCAAACUGGUUCGAAAAUUAUGCACUAAGAAGAUAUGGAAAAUCCAACGCAAAUAUCACAGAAGCAUGGCAGUUGUUAAGGAACACAGUUUAUGAUUUUAAUGGAUUACACAAACUAAGAGGAAAAUACGCCAUUACAUGGACACCCUCCUUAAAAUUGGACGUCUGGACAUGGUACAAUUAUAGUGAGGUAUUUGACGCUUGGGACAUUUUUGUACGAAAUGCGGACGAUCUUAAAAACAGCCCAGCUUUUCUUCACGAUCUUGUCGAUUUGACAAGGCAAAUAUUACAGAUUUACGGUGACAUUUACUAUCCCAAGAUUGUUACUGCAUUUAGGGACGACGAUUAUGAAAAUUUUAAUCAACAUGCCACAGUUUUUAAAGAAAUAUUCGAUGAUUUGGAACUCAUAUUAUCUACAAACAAAGCAUUUUUGUUAGGACCUUGGAUUGAAGCAGCAAAAAGUUGUGCAAACAAUUCACAGGAAAGUGACCUAUUUGAAUAUAACGCAAGAAACCAAAUUACAUUAUGGGGACCAGAGGGAGAGAUUAUUAACUACGCUAACAAACAGUGGUCAGGGAUUGUCGCUAAUUAUUAUAAGCCUCGUUGGGAAAUCUUUAUUAACAGAAUGAAUUCCAGUUUGGUCAAUAAUACAUGGUUUUCAGAAACAGCUGCGAGGAGGGAAAUGUUUAGAAAAGCAGAAGAACCAUUUACUUUUGAUCGUACAGUAUUUCCAGUUGAGCCAACAGGAAACACUAUUGAAGCUGCUAAGGCUAUUCAUAAAAGAUGGAAUGUGCGACGUGAAGACCCUAAGGAAGAAGAACAAUACUUUGGUCAAAGAUUAUUAUAUCCCAUUCUCUCCUUUGUAUAAUAUAUCAAUAAUAUUUUUUAGGAAAAUACAUAUUAAUAUUUGCUUUGUGUUUUAUAAUAUAUUCCAAGUGUUUGAACUUGUCGUCUGUAUUAAUAAUAAUUAGCAACAUGUGAAAAAAUAAUAUCUUUCUAUAUAAUGUAAUCUUU